CCACCGCACCACGCGCAACUAACUUGUAUUGUUUACGUUGUUUUGUUGUGGAGUUGGAGCGUGUAUUCACAACGGUAUCUAGUAAACUCGUACCGUGUGCACGUAUCUAGGGCAUAAGCCAUAACAUCACAUAAGAUACCGUCAUUAUUCAGCAGGUUAUCGGCAGUAUCACAUGUGUUAAAACAUUUCUUCAAGACUGCUCGAAUUGAUCUGAAAUCAUGUCUCAGCAAGAAGAAAAGACCAAGCAAAAGAAACGGGACAUGAAUGAUUCUCCAUAUGCUCAACCGAUGUCAGCAAAGUCAAAAAAAUCGGCAGAGAAACCUAUUAUUGCUGCUCGUGAGCGUGGUCCCGGACCAGGAAGAUAUGGUCUUCCAUCAACGAGUGGGUUUGUUGCUCAUGACUUCACCAAACACAUGAAACCAGCAUAUUCGUUUGGGCAUCGCUUGGAGAACUCAAUGUUUCAAAAAGAUUGCAGUCCUGGACCCGGCUACAAAAUUCAUUCAGAAAUCACAAGGGUUGGAAAAGAUGGUACUCCAGCUUACUCCAUGCUUGCAAGGCAAAAGGAUCCAAAUACAUUCAUCACACCAUCACCUUAUGCAUAUUCUCCUGAAAAGGUUCAUCCACAGGGUGAAAGACAUGCUCCUGUACAUUCCAUGGGGUCCCGCACGCGCUUCAGGAAACGAGAUCAAGCCCCAGCUCCAAACAGUUACGACUUACCCGUCCUCCUUGGAAGCAAAGUUCCAAACAAGUAUUCAAGUGCCAGUCACUCCAUGACAGGACGCCCCCAUGUGGGCAGCUACUUAGAAGAUCAUGCCAAGUGCCCUGGGCCAGGCAGUCACGAUGCCAUCCAUCCUGAUGUCACAAAGUUCAAGAAGCCCAGUUACUCCAUGCUCGGGCGUCAUGAUUUAGCAAACGACUCUGCUACCAAACCAGGUCCAGGAGCACAUAGCCCAGAAAAGGUGACUGUUAACAAGAGGAAAUAUCCCAGCCAUUCACUUGGGAUUAGACAUUCUGAGUUUGUUUGUCCAUUAAUUGUUGUAGUAAAAGACUAAUAAUGAAUAAAAAACUUUGGAAUCCCAAGAAAACUUGAGAUCUGACUGACAUUUGAGCACCAUGAUUUAUGAAUUUCUUAUCAGUGAUGAAUGAAGUGAUAACUUCCACCGUUUGGAAUAUGGCAAAGCAGUGCUGGUACUGGGCUGAUUAAAAAUAGAUCAAGCAAUAUUCAAUAUUUUAUUGCAAAUAGGACAGUGCGAAUAAACAUCUUUGAAGAAGAUUUGGUUAGUUGUAUUCAUUUUAAUUGAAGACUGCCUAUUAUCAAAUACUGGUACCCAAGCAAAUUUUGAAUAUUUUCUCUAUAAAUUUCUGAUUUGUUAUACAUGCAUUACUUUUGUAAACCAUGAUGCAUUUGUAUCCAAGUAUUAAUAUUGUGCAUCUAAUUCAAUAUUCUUUUAUCAUAUAGACUCAUUUUAGGUUAAUGAAUGAAAGAGUUUUGGAUGAUUUGGUGCUUUCCGUAAUUUCCACGAUAGGAUGUAUACAUACAUUAAUAAUUCUAUGCAAGCGUCGCCACUUUUGUAUGUGUAAUACUCCACCUCAAUACUAUUACUAGUAGGUACAUGUACAUGUAAAUAGUUUCACAGUCUAUGUUCAUUCUGUAUUGACUUCAUUUCUCAUUUACAAUGCCUUGUGCACUUUGAAAAAUACUUGCCAUGUGAGAAUGCAUAGUUAAUCAGGAUGGACAGGGCGUUGUGUAUAAUAUAAUAAUUAUUAUUAAAAAAAACACAUCUUAACACAACUAAGUAUGCUUACACAUGAUUGAUUUCCUCCAACCGGUAUUUAGAAGUUAGGCUGUCAUUGUGUUUGGGUAUAUCAGAACAGAUUCCAAAUGUUUCACUACUGCUAUUGCUGGUGUUGAUCUCUCUGAAAAUAGGUGGGCGUGAAAGUGUGUGCCGAGGUGAUUAUCUAUAUAAGAACAUACAUGUACAUGUAGUAUUAUUCGUGACUGGUACUUUUUUUCCAAGCGAUUGACAUUUUUAAUAGUUCACACUAUGCAUAUAUUUCCAUUUUUCAUUUGCAAUCAUAUAAUUAAUGAUUUGUAUAUAUAUGAACUGUGGCAUUUUUUUUUUUAUAAACAUGCAAUAUUUAUAAAUUUAUUACAUCAAAAUAUGUAUUCAUUCUAUCAAUAUGUAUUCAUAUUGUCAUUGUUUGCUGCAUAUUUUGUCUUCUUUGAAUAAAAGGAAAAAAAUGUAA